GCAUUGCAAACAAAGGGACGUAGCAAGAAGAAUGGCGGGGGGGGGGGGGAGGGGUCUGGUUGAAAAUCGUUUCACAAAGAUGCACUGACAAAAUGCUUGUUCCAUGGCGUUCAUUGUGAGCAUGGAUGCACGAGUAGAAAGAUCCAUGUAUGUAAACUGCGAAUUUAGUCUAAAAAUGACAUCUUCCCCCAACAGCCGCUGUGGUUCCUCCCAAAGCAAAAACAAUGACGUGACCCCUCAAGGCCUAGUGGCUUCAGAACAUUUCACCUUUCAGGUGUGCCACGUAACCGCUGACAUUUUGUUUAUAUCGCUCCACGGCAAGGUAAUCUCAUCAAAUAGGUUGGCCUUCUUGAUGCCAUUUGAUGCUUUAGUAUAUCAACGGCAACUCAUGGGAAACAUUUCCGCCUUGAGUAUCUUAAUUUGAGCUCUACAACUCCAACGAAGUGAAGGACUACUUUGUCGUCUGGAAAGCCCCUGUUAUCCUUCCGCGUCUGCUGGAAAGUCCCGCCAUAAAAAACGGGAAGUACCGAAACUAGACGCUGGUGUUGCCGACGUGGCACUGAUUCCACUGUGCCGCUACAUUUCGCCGCUACUAUCUCUGACUGCACUCACAACGACUUCGACCUGUGCCCCAGGCGAGGUGAAACCAGGGGCACCGCCUCCAAGAAAGGCACACAAUACAACCUAUCACAAUCGCCAGACGAGUAAACAAAGGUUAACAGGGAACAAUUCUGCGUCUUACUGAGCAAACCACAGCCUUUCAGUCCCAUUAGUUAUCAUACAUAACCAUAGUCAUUCAUUUCAAUUAGCUUGUCUUAAACCGUUUGGUACGAUGGAGUUUUCCAAUCUUUUAGAAAACCCAAUGGCGGUGAUAGAGCUCUAUGGAGGGCAUGUAGGAUGGAUCCUGAUGACAUGUUUGGUGGCAACAGUUGUAACUAUCUGCUUCUACUAUUUAGUAAAGGGGUUCCAAAACAGACAGACACAAGAAGAUGUAUCGCCUCAACAGUACGACCAGGAGUCCUUAACAUGUCCUAUUUGUAGGAGCGACUCGUGUGAUGAUGACCACGAAUCAACUUUUCUUUUCCAUCGAGAACAAUACAAAGAACACUCUGACGUAGAGCAUAUCAAGCUCACACAAAAUGAUGAGAAUCGUUCGCUAACGAUCUUUGAGGAGAUUGAAGAAUUCAAACAACUGAAAACCGUAACAAUCAUAGGCAUUGAACUUGAUGAUUCUAGCUUGACAAAUUUAUUUCAGUGUGUCAGUAUACACUCUCUCCAAUUGUCAAAAUGCCAGCUGGAUUCUGUACCACAAUCUCUGGAAAACCUGAAAGACCUAGAAGUUCUUGACCUUAGUCAUAACAACCUGUCGACUAUACAAGCUGUGCCUAUGGAAUCACAGCCCUGUCUAAAGAGCUUUAACGUAAGUCACAAUAACAUACUUGGUCUUAGAGAUGUAACUAACUUCAGAUCUGUUAAAAACUUCAAUGUGUCUUACAACAGCAUUGAAGAGAUUCCAUAUGAAAUACUUGAAAUGGAAAACUUAGAGGCCUUUUCUUGCAAUCAUAACAAGACAGUCAGGUGGCUCGAGCCAUCUGCUGGAAAAAAGAAGGUCAGUGCAUUCUCUUUAGUAUUUCUAGACCUAUCUAAUAAUUUGCUUCAGGAGGUACCCAAAUGUUUAAAAGAAUUAGGUAACCUAUCGGAGGUUAACCUCUCACAUAACAAGAUAGGAGCAAACAUGAGCAAAAGAAUGAUAUCACUGCAGCUUGCUGAGCUCUUCUAUCUGCCAUGCCUUUCUACUUUGCUGCUUAUGAACAACAACAUUAAAUCGUUGCCCGUACUGGAAAUGGCAAGGGUGUCGCCAAGCAUGGAGUAUAUUGAUAUCAGUAACAAUAAGCUUAGUAAUGUAGCUGAAGCUCUGCUGCUAUUGAGAAGUUUAAAAGCAUUGUUACUUAGCCAUAAUAAGAUUAAAAAGCUUCCAGUGGAUUUGGAUCUAAAUGACCUCUCUCCAACGCUGUGUGUCGUCGAUCUAAGUCACAAUAAGUUAGAGGAUCUACCGCUAGCUCUUUGCUUUCUUCGUUCGUUGAAGAAGCUGUACCUCAAGCAAAACAACAUCAGAACAAUAAGUGAAAACGUGAAAAGUUGUAAGAGCCUUGCUAUUCUUGACGUGUCCCACAACUGGCUAAGGGAGAUACCGUCUCACGUGAUCAGCUUGCCAAAUCUUGUGGAAAUCCGUGCCUCCCACAACCAUAUCAAUUCUGUCAGCUCUUUGCAAAAGAAUGAGGUGAAUGUGAUUGAAAUGAUUGCCUUAGCAGAAAAUCACUUUACACACUUCCCAGAAGCCCUCAUUCAGAUGGAUAAAAUAAAGAAGGUUGACUUAACAAACAAUGAAAUAAAAGUCAUCCCACAGUCUAUCAUGGGUAUGCCCAAAGAUGUAAAGCUAAAUUUACAAGGCAACCCCAUUAUUGAUCCCCCAUUACAGGUGUGUCAGGCAGGCCUGUCGGCCAUACAGGCGUUCUACGAAGACUUGACAACGGCCAGCAGUAUCACACAAUGUCUCAAGACACUGUUCUUGGGGACCUAUGAAGCUGGGAAGACCAGCCUUGUCAGAGUUUUUCAGCAGAAUCGUUCUUGUCUGACAAAACCUGAGGAAAGAACACAUGGCAUAGAAAUAGCUGAACUCAAUCUCUCUGCCCCAAAUACUUCUGAUAUCACAUUAUCAGUGUGGGACUUUGCUGGUCAAGAAACAUACUACAUGACUCACCAAUUCUUCUUGAGUUCUAAGGCCCUUGUGCUUUUGAUAGUUAAUCUGGAGAAGUAUGAUUCCAACAGCUUUUCUCACACAUGUGGAGAUUGGAUGGAAAAUAUGAUAGCUAAAGUAGGGAACCCAGUUGUCAUCCCUGUUGCUACUCAUAUUGAUAAACUCUCGACAGCAGAGGUAGAACGUAGGUGUGACGAUUUGUGUCGGAAGCUUGAGGGUAAAGAAAGAAUGAGAAUACAGAUCCUAGAGAAACAGCUUGAGCGUAUUUUGAAGGAAACAGGAGAAGCUGCAAGAGAUAGGGAGAAACAGAUUAAGAUUCUCCUUCAGAAAAGGCCAUCGAUACACCCAAAACCUGUGCCUGUUAGCUCAGCUAAAUCUCUUGACGGCAUUCAGUAUUUGAAGCAAGUGAUUCUCAACUAUGCUGUGAAUAAAGAACUUUUCCCUGAGGUCGGUCGCCCCAUUCCCAAGGCGUGGGCGGACACUGAAGCUUGUGUAGAAAAAAGGGGGAAUGAGCUUAGCAUUCCCUACAUGACUUGGGAUGACUUCACGGCUUUACUAAAUAAAAAUGUCCCCAAUCUGCAGCCCAAAUCUCGCAUCAAAACAGUGGCACAGUAUCUCCACGACACCGGCAAGAUCCUGUGGUAUUCAGAGAUAGAGUCGUUGAGAAACCACGUGUUUCUCAAGCCAGCUUCUCUUGUAGAUAUCUUCAGGAAGGUUAUCAGGCAUGAUCUUGAAACAUUUCUUGAUUACGGGGCGGACACCUGCUACAGAGAGGCCGAGAUAUCAUCGGCUGAGUUUCGGACGAUGAAAAAUGACUUGGUUAGAAAGGGAAUACUGCAUACCAAAUUGCUGAGGUGUCUGUGGUCAGAUGUUGAAAGAGGAUGUCGCUCGGGAACAUUUGACGAUAUUUUUCAUGUGCUGAUUGAGCUUAUGAGACAGUUUGAUCUUUGUUAUGACCUUGAUGAGAAAGAACAGGUCGUUGAUCCGUAUGGGGCGCAGGAAAGAUUGCCGUUGCCAUGGCGUGUUAAACGUGUCUCAGACAGCAAGACACGUACACGUCACCACAUUUCAGACAGACUUCUGUUACCAUGGCACAUAAAAGACAACUUGGAAUACAUGACUAAGAAGGUGUGGUCGUCAGGAAACACUCCCAUCAUUUCACUUCAGUACCAGUUUCCAUCUUUUAUCCCUCCUGGUCUGUUUGCACGCCUCACAGUGAGAGCACACCGCCCAGAACAUAAACUGCACUUUGUAGCUCAUUGGAGCACUGGUACAUUAUGUAAGCACACACGGAGCAGAAUACUGGUGCUCCUGAGGUUUGAAGAUGCCGAAGGGCUUGUGGUUUCACUCAGUGCUAGACCAGAAAACCUUCCUCAUGGGAUGACUGGUGCAAUAUUUCUGUGGAUGACGUUGAAAGAAAUAAGUGCGGAAAUGGAAGACCUUCUGAAGCAGUGGCCAGGUGUCCGGUAUGACCGAGUAACCGUCUGCCCUGUGUGCCACCGGCCAUCAUUUCCUGGGAACUGGCUACAUCCAAGUUCCAGGUGGCCAGAAGAAGAUGAAGUGAUCUGCUCUCUCUGCGAUAAUAGGGUCCCUGUAGAGUUUCUUGUGCCCUCACCACCAGGACGACGUUUUGCCGAUUAUUCGUACGAGCCAUUAUCCGACCAACAGCUUUUGCGGGUAGCUGGCAAGCUGGAUAAAGAUUGGGAAAGCGUCGCCAUCCUCAUGGACUUCACCAGGGCAGCCGUGGACGAGUUCAAGUACAACAACCCCUACAAUGCACGGCAACAGAAGUUCGCGAUGCUGACAGCAUGGAGAGAUCAGUUGGGACGUAGGGCCACGAGAAGGAGGUUACAGUCUAUUCUCCAGGACGCAGGGGUCGACUAUGACGUGAUAUCAUGUCUUGAUCAGGUGGAAAGGCCCUUUGAGUGGGAAUACGGAGCACAUGGCGGUGUCGUUGACUUUGUUUGAUUACCUAUAAAUACUUAAUCUCUUGUAAACCAAAGUUUUACAAGUCAAACGUUUUACUUAUAAAUCAUCCAAAAAUUAUCAAAUAUAUGCUAUAGUUUUGUCUAUAACAUAAGUAAUCUAGAUCUAACACUGUACAUUAGCCUCUGAGAUAAAAAAUAGCAUGUUAUUCCCAUUGAGGAUGUGAUUGGCCUGACAUUCUGUAUGCUACAGCAUAUCAGUACUAGUAACAUUUAUGCAGUAUGUGCCUCAUUGUUGGGCAGGUCAUUGUAUUAUCGAGCUCUACCUCCCACAUGUUUGUCUGAGUAUGUGUUAGCGUGAAUAAUACAGAAGUGAAGUUUGUAUUACUAGUAUGUAGAACUACAUAGAUGAGCAAUGUAUAGUUAUCCAGCAACUUGUGACUAUAAAUGUAGUUGAAGAAUUUUGAAAAUAUAUUCCUAAGCCAUUACCCUUGUAUCCCAAUUGGUAUGAUUCUGUUUGAUUUUGUAUUGAUUGUUCACAGAUGUACAUGUAUUUUGUAUUAGCAUAGUUUGAUUGUCAUCAAUAUUCCUGAAGUGAGCAACGUGACAUUGACAGACCAAUAUCACUGAAGUUGUAUAUGUUAUAUAUAUACAUGAAUUUCAUGAUCAUAAGAUUCACAAGAACAGUAUUUGUUGUAUCAUUGGGUGUGUUAGGUACAAGUAGAAGAGAAUACGAUAUGAUACGAAGGAGCAUCUUGACAUUGUAAAUAAGCAAAUUAAUGGAAAUAUUGCCACCCAGUACGUGGCACUGUGUAAUACUUGCAAUUUGUAUAAUACAAUCACUGUUGGCAAACAUGACAAUUGUCAUUCUUUUU